AUGGAGAUAAUAAUCGAUAAAUCAGCAGUAUCGAAACGAAAGUCUCAUAAGCAUUCUAAUUAAGAUGGAUCAUAGAGUGAGAUUAGUGAUACUGAUCAUGAAUUGUAAAUGAAAAAAACCAGCUAAAGCAAUAGUAAAGGUGCUUAAGCAUAAUCAAAGAAGGAUUUACCAUUAGAUUACAAGAAGAUUUCUGAGACAAUCCUAGUCUAUGUUACUAUUAUGUGCAGUUUUGCUAUAGUUGAAGGUAUGAUUGGAAUCACUCACACAAACGUUCAUCUUGUUAGAGAUUUCCUAAAUAGUUUUCUCAUGAUAUCUGCCCUUGUAUUUAGUUCAAAGGCUUUGGAACUGUCUUUAAACAAGGAAGAUGAAGACUAUGAAUACGGAUAUAGGAGAUUCAAUAUAUUAGCUGCCUUUGUGAAUUCAGUGUACCUCAUGUUUAGCUUCAUGUUUAACUUUGUUGAUAACCUGCAUCAUAUGGUUGAGCAUUGGGAAGUUGAUUCUCAUAAAGGAUUAAAUUCAACAUUAGCUUUUGAUUCUAAUAAUAGUACAUGGUAAUCAGCCAAUGAUCAUAAUACUAAUCAUACUUUAGGAGAUGGUCACUCUCACGCAACUUUGCAUGUAGCCCAUAACGACUAGCAACACAUGAAGGAGAUGAAUCAAUACCUGACUUUAUUUACAUUUCUAAGAAUGUGCUGUCUCGGAGGAUAUCUGUAUUUUGAGUCAAUGAAUCACAAUGUUCACGACUACAUGACAGUUAAUUGGAUUAACUGGCCUAAAACAUCUAAUAUAACAGCGUUUAAGAGGCGAGUCAAGGAGUGCUCUAAAUGGGAUUCAUAUAGAAUAAAUGUGUAUUCGAUCUCUUUACUGGUAUCUUGUGAAUUUUUGAAUUGCGUCGGUAAUAUCUGGGUCUAUUAUCUUUGCAUGAACUUUGGAAUACUAGAGAAUAUUUUGUCAAUUUUGAAAGGCAUUAUCAUAAUCACAGCAUCUGUUCCACUCUGUCUAGAUCUAUGCUUUACAUUGCUGCAAAGAAUAAAUCCUUCAUAACUUGGAUAUCUAAUAGAGGAUAAACUAAGAAGGAUAGGAUAUAUGGAGGGAGUAAUCAGUGUAAAGUAAUGGAAUGUCUGGUGCCUUGACAAAAGUCAUAGAGUGUGUUCUCUGACAGUCAUGAUUUCAGAAAAUGCAGACCCAGAUAUGAUCAGGAGGAUCAUUAAGUAGAAACUAGUGAAUAAAUAUUGUGAAAAAUUGUAUGUGCACAUCGUAUAAUGA